UUUUCAAGUUUGAGUGAUUUGUCUGCAAUCGUAAAUGUCAUAGCAUUUUUGAGCUCAAUAUUAUACCAGAAUGGCAGAAAAUAGAGAAGAAAUUUUAGCAAACUUCCAGGGAAUCACAGCAAUAGAAGAUGUUGCAGAGGCGAUAUAUCACUUGGACGAGGCAAAUUGGGACUUACUUUCAGCCAUCAACAGAGUGAUGCCGCAGGACGGCAGCCGGCCAGCGCGAGGCGACAACAACGACGUGGACGUCGAGAUGAUCGACGACGACAUAUCUGUGAUAACCCCAAAAACACGCCCACCCGAUCGAGAAGACAGUAGCCAAGCUUCGACCUCAUCGCCUAGAAAUAGUUACACUAGUUUGGUAGAGCUGCAAGUACACUAUAACAAUAAGAUGCACGAUAUCAAAAUGUCCGGAGCAGCCACUGUCAAUGACUUAAAGAAGCGGUUAGAAUCGGUCUGUGGAGUCCCAGUGUGCCGGCAACAGAUAUCUGGGCUGGGCGGGUCUCGGGCAACCUCAAGUGCUGCGUUGGGAGGGCUCGGUCUGCAACCCAACACUGUGUUGCGGCUCAAACAGGCAGAUGAACUCAUGCCGGAUGACGAAGUGGCGGAACGUCUGACCAACACGUACGUGUUGCACGUGACGCACGAAGACGUCGGCAAAGACUACACGCUCAAGUAUCCCGGCACGAAGACCGUGCGAGAAGUGAAGAACGACAUAUUCUCACUCACUGACAUACCCGUCAGACACCAGGUGUGGACGGGAUGGCCGGUGGUGACGGGGCUGGAUGACACGGUCCUAGCCAUGGUGGGGCUCGACAUGCCGCAGCACGAACUUGCCGUGAAGCGCGGACCCACUAAGGAAUAUAAGCGGAUAGUUGUGGAGAGUUCGGACAGUGAAAACAGUUCGGUGGAAGAGAUAGAAGACAGCGGUGAUGGAUUCACAUGCGAAGACGACAUGUUUGUCGAACUAGUUAACUCGGAGAGACUUCGUCCACUGAUGUCAGAGCACGUGGAAGACGAGGCGCUGGGCUGCAUCGAGUUCGCGGAGCGCUUCCGCGCGCGCUACGGGCCCAACACGCCGCACUUCUUCGAGGGCACGCUGCAGGACGCCAUCAAGGAGUCCUGUCUCCAGCCCGCGCGCGAGCGAAAACUCCUAGGCGUAUAUCUGCACCACGAACAAUCCGUGCUGGCCAACGUGUUCUGCGCACAGCUGCUCGGCUGCGAGACCGUUCUACACACGCUCAACCACAACUUCGUGCUCUAUGGGUGGGACCUCACGGACCCCGAUAACAACAACAUGUUACUGAACUCCGUGGCCAACGCGCUAGGUCCCGUGGCCAGCAUGACGAUCCGCAGCAUCCCCGUGGAGAGACUACCCGCGCUGGUCAUCAUCAUGCGAGUACGCUCCAACACGGAGAUAUACUCCGUCAUCAACGGCAACGUAGGCGUCUCAGAGUUAGUAGGGGGCCUAGUAGAAGCGUUGGAACGAUUCGCAGCUCAACGAGACGAGGACGCAAGAUUAGAAAGAGAACGCGACGCCCGCCAGCGAGUCAAGUUAGAGCAGGACGAGGCAUAUCAAGCCAGUCUCGAGGCCGACAGAGCCAAAGAACAAAUGAAGAAGCAGCAGGAACUAGAAAGAAAUCAAGAAUUAGAAAGAGCAGAGUCCGAAAGACAAAUGGAAGAAGCGAAAAAGGAGGCGGACCGCGCUCAAGCGCUGUCGCGCGUGCCGGCCGAGCCGGCCGAGGGCGCGGCCGACGUCACGCGGAUCAGGAUCCGCCUCCCCCCUCCACACGACACGUGUCUCGAGCGUCGCUUCCACGGUCACGACACGCUCACGGCAUUAUUUGACUUCCUCGCAUCAAAAGGUUUUCCGAAAGAAAGCUAUAAAGUGAUCUCUAGCUGGCCUAGGAGAGACUUAACAAUGGAAUCUCACAGCAGUACACUAAAGGCGAUGAAACUGUUCCCGCAGGAGACGCUUAUGCUCGAGGAACGGUGAAGACACACACACACACACACACAAUUAUACAUAUACAUACAGUACCAGCAGCAGCACAAAUCCGCGCAACUUUGUACUACCAGGGGGCACUGAAGCAUGGAGCGGAAAACCACUUUAAUACUGACUUUCAUAUAAAACUUGUAUAACUAAUGACCAAUUGGACAGGUGGAAUACCAUCGUUAGUAAAUUACCAUAAUAUAGAGAUCGCGUUGAAUCUAAAAUGUACACGAUUUUGAAUCUUAUUGUACGUUCAUAAGUUCCAUAAUGUAUAUGUCGGCGCCCGAUCGUAAGAUCAGGCAGAUCGUAAUGUUCCUGUGUAAUAUUUUGACGAUAGUCACAUCAAACCAAUAUAUAGGUAGGAUAGGUUCGUUAGGUUGCUUCAUAUGCCCGAAGGGCAAACUGCCCAGAAAUAGGACGACCCAGAAUCCGUCGACUCAGAGAACGGGUCAAAGAUUUUCACGUUUCACGAUAUGCCUGAUCUUACGAUCGGCCGCCGACAUAUACAUACAUAUUAGACAUGAGUCCUGACUAUGGCUGGUUAGACAGAUAGUUUAAACAGCUUGCAAUCUGAGACCCCUUAUGAUGCUUAUAUUCUUGACCACUAAACAAACUAUUUUCAUCUUGGCCAUAAAAACGCUCGAAAAGAAAAUAGUGUGGGUUAAAUUUUUUUAAUAUCGGGCAUUUACCGAAAAAUACAUUUUACAUAUUGACACAACAAUCUAAAAUAGUUAAGUACUUUAUAAAUCGGUAUUUUAUAUGAUUGACGCUUAAGACCAGAUAUAUUUAUUUUCAAGUUGUUUUCGCAAGUUGACACGAAUUAUAAAUGUCCAUAUGUGAGAGAAAAAGAUUAUUAUUGAUUUGAUACCAAGGUGAGAUCAGUCGCGGUCAGAAAAUUCUUUGUAAAGUUGUUUUUAAGGCCGUGAUGUCCCUAAAUUAGUGCGUUGUCAAAAACAACAAUAGGUACAUAUAAUUGGGCAAUAUCAGAUACCCGAUUAACCCAACCGUGUUUGUCCAAAUAUUUAUUUUGUAUCUCUUAACCUUUUCGACGCCGUGUCAAACACAAAAGCUGUCACGUGGACGCCACGUCACCGAAGUGUCAAAACUGAAAUUGAACUUUAUGCAUAUGCACGUAGGUCAUGUUGCUUUGUGGUCUGUGACCGAUUAAUCAGUCUUUGGCGUCCAAAAGGUUAACCUUAUAACUUUCAUAGAAUUUUUCAAUGAGCGUGCUCGUGUCGCCGACAGUACGAAGUUACACGAAGUUUUGUUUUAGCAAUUAAACAGCGGUCGGCAACCUUUUAGCAGCCAAGGGCCACAUAGUAGUUAACGAAUUUGACGCGGGCCGCACUUUGGUAAUACUUGUGACUUUAGCAGACAUUGUCGUUUGUCAAUAUUACAUACAAAAUAGAAAGGAGGGCUCGCGGGCCGUUAGUGAGAGGGUCGCGGGCCGCCUGUAAUGUUAUGGGUACCUGAAAUUGCUCAACAGUGGCUCUAUGGAGACUUACGCUUUUUUGUAUAUGAUUGUUAUAUGAGUGAAGUAAUUAUAAUUGAUUUGUAAAUAAAUAGGAGUUGUCAGUACAGAAACGUGGGUUUUUGUUUUAUCUGUUUAAUUUGUGUCCGACCCUCGAUUACCCAGAAUAGGGUCAUUAUGCUAGUUUCCGUCCAGCUGUAGUUUUCGCGCACUUGACGAAAUUUGAAUGUUAUUAUAAAUCUACCUUGAAGCACAAAUUUGGACUUAUUGCAAACUAAAUAAUAGAUCUAUCUACAUAAAAAUCACAUUUCGUAAGUAGUAAAAAUGAAAUAUAAGUAUUAUUCGCUACGCCGUCAAGUGGACGAAAACUAGAGCCUGGACGGAAACUAACGCAAUGACUCUAUAAGAUUGGAGUUACUCUAAAGUGACCUUUUAAAUAUACUUUAAGGUUUUAUGGAUUGUAUUUAUAUUCAAAAUUAUCCACAAGGGUCGAACGCAAUUAAACUAUCAAAUAUUUAGUUUUUGGUAAGUAUAAAUUUCAAUAUUUUCCUACAGGGCAUUAUAAAUAUCAAAGUUAUUUGUUAAAAUCAUUAUUAUAGUUUCCGUACGCUUACGAAGUACUAUAAUAGUUUAAGUUUUGGUCAAAGAAAACAGACUUCAAAUCUAGAUGGGACAAUAAGCCCUUAAGGCAACCACACACUAGCGUCUUUCGAGCGUCGGUGUCGCUGCGCAGAUGCGCCAAAGUUGCGUCAAGCAGCCAUAGUUGACUAAACGCCGACGCUCGGGAGACUCUAGUGUGGCUCUAAGGUCCCAAAUUAUGCUUUUAGUUAAAUUUAUUGUUUAAAUAUAGGUAGAAUAAUGACCAGCACAUGUCAGCAACUUUUUAAAAGUUGUAACUAGCUGAUGUAUCGUGGUUGAACAACAUUGCGGCUAAACCUAAGAGCCAGAGAUGUGACGGAAUAGUUAUUUACAUUGACGUAUAAUCUCAGGACUGGCCUUACGGGCAAUAAUAAUGGGGCAUGAAUGGGGCCAGCACACCGGUGUGACAUUAGCAUCACGCGCGCGAUUGGUCGCAACUAGUUGACUGUUGGACUGCAUGGUUGGCUUGAAUUUGUGAGUGACACCGCUGAACUAGUACCAUUUUAGUGCCCGUAAGGCCCGUCCUGAGAUAUAAGUCAAUGGUUAUUUACGUUACAAGUGCGAAAAAUAGGAAAUUCGCAACGAGUGGCGAAUUUUAAAACAAGACCGAAGGAAGUGUCUUUGUAAAGUUGACGUAAGGUUUAACGUCAAUAGACUUGCGGUAAAUGUUCCGUGAAAUUGUGGCUUUCAAUCAUAAAAUGCGCGAGUUAAAGACGAACUUUUACGUCGUUUUAAGUACUAGUUGGGCCCAGCAUUUGGAACCAUACUAAAAGCCCCCUCAAAACUCGCGUUCGCGGCUUCGCACACGAGUGUGGAGCAGGCUUAAUACUUGAACUGUAAACUCAUAAAUCAUAAACAGGAAAAAAUGCUUAAGACCCUAGGUUGUACAGAGUUUUCAAAACAUUUAAUAAUAAUACGUAUGAAAAUGUAUUGCAUUUUUAUAUCAUUGCCAGAUUAUAUCCACUCCUGUGAAAAUAAAACAAGUACCUACCAUCAGAAAAUGUGUAGAAGCAAAUUUCCGAAUAUAGUUUUCUUAAACUAUAUUAUCCUCCUUUUAAAAAUAUAAGCUUGCUAACUACGCCAUCUGAUAAUAGUCUAAACACAUUCGGUUUUUGUACCAUUUCAUUUCCUAGGACGUAAUUUUUACUUCUGCGUUGUCAUUGAUUGACCAAAAUAAUUAGAAUGUCUAUGGUUUUGUAAAUACACCAAUGGGAAUCGAGGACAACAAAACACGCGCGAAAAAAUGCGCCUUUGGAAAUGUCAUCCAAUAUUCGCGCAUACCUUUUCUACAAAUCGGAAAACGCCUGUAAGCAGUGCUUAACUGUUUUAUAUUUAUAUAAAUUAGCUUAACAUAAUUUAUGAUAACGGGUAGCAAGAUUUUGGAUACCUAUUUAUAAUUUUUCACGACGCGAGUGGAAACUGUAAUGUGAGGUUAUGAAGUUAUGUACCCAAAUAAAUAAUGCGAUGGAAGACGA